UCUCUCUCUCUCCCUAAGCAUUUGUGGUAAGCUAUUUUUCUCAGAUAUUCAUCGGCUCGCUUUUUGCUUCCUAGUUAGGGCUUGUAAUCGAUUUUGCUUCACAAAUCGAUAUCAGUAGGAUAAUUGAUUCCAAUGGCAUCAAGGUUGGCUGCAAGGUUUUUCUCUCGGAGGAUGUCAAGCAGUGGAAAGAUACUGAGCGAGGAGGAAAAAGCUGCAGAAAAUGUUUACAUCAAGAAAAAGGAGCAAGAGAAGCUUGAGGAGCUUGCACGAAAGGGCCCUAAACCAGAAGAAAAAGCAACUGCAGGCCCGGGGGAAUCGAUAACUGAUGCCAAACCAAGUGGUUCGAGCUCAACUGCCAAUGUAUCAACUGACAAGUACAGGAAUUAUGCUGUUGUAGCUGGUGUUAUCACUGCUGCUGCUGCUUUGGGAUGGUAUAUCAAAGGAAGUGAAAAGAAGGCAGAAGUGCAGGACUGAGGUUGAAAUGUCUUGUUGUGGGACAUUUGAACCAUCAAUUAGUAUCACGCAGUUAGCAUAGAAAUAAAGCAAACUAUGAACUUUCAAGGUUUCUGUUCUGGCUGGUGUAUACUUUGUUGAGUUUUGAGGCACUGUUUCCGUUUCGACCUCUUCUUUUCCCAGAAAUAUAAAAAUGAAUGGAGGAUACCUUUCAAGCAUUCAA